CUUUCCAACCAAUACCAUCCUGCCAGUAUCCACACCGGUGAGCCUGCCUUCCGUGCCUCUACUCGGCCUAAUGCCUCUACCCAGCAUGAUGAACUUAUCCAGCCUGACGAUCCUAUUAGGCCAGUUGACUCGAUGCCCGCUGUCGGAUCCAGAUGAUCCGGUACCUGACUGUCGUACCUGGUGUCAGGCCCGCUGUCGAGCCCAGACAAGCCGUAACCUGGUGACUCGUUGUGCCCACUGCCUUGCCAGAUGACGCGGUGCCCGCUGGCAAGCCAAAUGACCUGAUGCCUGGUGACCCCGUGCCUUCCGCUGUCGAGCCAAAUUUGAUAUGACCCGAGUGCCCGCUGUCGAGCCAGACAAUCC